GUAGGUGCGGGUCGGUCGGAGAAGUAAGUGAAGAGCGGAGUAGAUGCGGGGCCAUUAGGGGCAGGACCCGCCCGCCGGCCACAUCUCGGACUGUCCAGCAGCGCGCGACGGGAGCCAUCCUCCGGUGCGCCCAUCCCCGCGCAGCCGCCCGCCGGCCCUCGGCCCCCUGCCACCGAUCCUGACCUCCGAAAAGCGGAAAGAAUUAACACUGAAAGUCAUACCCCGUAACUCUCUUCUCGCCUCCCCAUCCUCAACGACGGAAAGGACACCUCAGCUCCCACCGCCCCCCCUCCCCCGGCCUCGCGGCACCCGGGGAAGGCAGAGAGCAGCGACCUCCGCCCGACGCCCAGGACCGCCCUGGCAGGAGAAGCCGCCCCGCGGCCGGUAGACCGCCCCGCCGCCGGACACCCGAAACACUCUGGAACCCAGGUCUGCCUACCUUAUUCCCUGCCCGUGCGUGUGUCCUGUGCUGAUUCUCUGCAUAGAAAAAGAUCAUGCAGCUGGAAAUCAAAGUGGCCCUGAACUUCAUCAUCUCCUAUUUAUACAACAAGCUGCCCCGGCGCCGGGCAGACCUGUUUGGGGAGGAGCUAGAGCGGCUUUUGAAGAAGAAAUAUGAAGGCCACUGGUACCCUGAGAAGCCACUAAAGGGUUCUGGCUUCCGCUGUGUCCACAUUGGGGAGAUGGUGGACCCUGUGGUGGAGCUGGCCGCCAAGCGUAGUGGCCUGGCAGUGGAGGAUGUGCGGGCCAAUGUGCCUGAGGAGCUGAGUGUCUGGAUUGAUCCUUUCGAGGUGUCCUACCAGAUUGGUGAGAAGGGAACUGUGAAAGUGCUGUAUCUGGAUGACAGUGAGGGUGGUGGUGCCCCAGAGCUGGACAAGGAGAUCAAGAGCAGCUUCAACCCUGAUGCCCAGGUGUUUGUGCCCAUCGGCAGCCAGGACAGCUCCCUGUCCGACUCCCCGUCGCCGUCCUUUGGUCAGUCCCCUAGCCCUACCUUUAUUCCCCGUUCUGCCCAGCCCAUCACCUUCACUACUGCCUCCUUUGCUGCCACCAAAUUUGGCUCCACCAAGAUGAAGAAGGGUGGUGGAGCAUCAAGCGGUGGGGGUGUGGCCAGCAGUGGGGCAAGUGGCCAGCAGCCCCCACAGCAGCAGCCCCGCAUGGCCCGCUCACCCACCAGCACCCUGCUGAAGCACAAGAGCCUCUCUCUGUCUAUGCAUUCACUGAACCUCAUCGCGGCCAACCCAGCCCCUCAGUCCCAGCUUUCGCCCAAUGCCAAGGAGUUUGUGUACAGUGGCACUGGCUCACCCAGCCUCUUCUUUGAUGGGGCUGAUGGCCAGGGCAGCAGCACCUCGGCCCCCUUUGGGAGCAGUGGGGCUGGCACUUGCAAUAGCAGCAGCUUUGAUGUAUCCCAGAUGUUUGGAAGUGGCACCAACAGCCUCUUCCUAGAGAAGUCGCCCUUUGUGGAAGGUCUCAGCUACAACCUGAACACCAUGCAGUAUCCCAGCCAGCCCUUCCAGCCUGUAGUACUGGCCAACUGACCCUCUGCCUGCCUGCAGGCCAGGAGCACCCCGACCACAGGAAAGAGGAAGGAAAGGAAAGGCCAAAAGGGAGGGGGGAGGAAACUCUUCAGAAAGAUUUUCAAUCUUUAUCAUUCUCGCAUACAGAAAAAAAAUCCAGUCCAGGCAUGGAGUGGGAGGGGCUCCUGAAGCACUGAAUUGUGUUUAACUCAGUCCCUACUGCCUAUGAUUUAGUUUGGUUGGUUUGGGUUUUGUGGUUUUUUGUUCUUUUUUUUUUUUUAAUGUAGUUUUCUAUAUAACAUCUUUAAUUAGUGGCUUCCUGAGCUAAGAAUGGUCCAGAUGUGAAUUGCUGCUCCCUGCUCCCUUCCUCCCUCCUUCACACUCCUCUAAGACUGGGUGUCCAAGCUCACAGGGAAGGAAGAGUAGCGGUAGGGGCCAGAGCCCUCCUCAGAGGAGGGAGAAGCUGGCCCCGUGUCACUGCCUCUGUCACCCAGAUAUCCUCUCAGUCAAAGCCAUCCAACCUCAGCAGGCCUCCACAGGCGCUGCCACCCAAAUAGGUCUGACCCCAGCCCCCACUCCCUCUCAGGCUAGACCACAGGGAGCUGCGGCUGGCCACUUGACACCCUCCCUGUAAUGAAUGUCUGUGACUGUAGGGAGGUAGCACUUUGUCCAGCUGAAACCCUUUCAUCUCUGUCCUGUGGCCCCAUCUCAUCAUCCCUCUUAGCUGGGACAAUUCUCAUGAUUUAUCUGAUGAUACAUGUGGCCUCUUUCUCUUUCCAAUGCAGCCCCUUCCUGGGCCUGAGGUUAUGGGUAGGGUACCACAGUGUGUGUGUGUGCGCGUGCGCGUGUGCGUGUGUGUGUGUGUGUGUGUGUGUGUGUGUGUGUGUGUACAUACAUGUGGUUUGCUGUCCUGUUCCCAAGGAUUCCGAGCCAUGUGGAACUUCCAUUCUGGAUGUGACCCUGGGUUGCAACAAGUGCUUAUUUAUGUGUGAUGUUGGGGAAUGCGCCCAGGGUAGUUUGUCCCUUUUGUAGGGCAAUACACGGGGUGGGGUGACACUGUGUCUGAGCCUUCAGCACUCCCAGGGGAAAGCACUGCAGAGGAACUGGUUUCCAGACUGCAGAGGGAUCUGCACUUUUGUUUGUUAUUGACCAAAAUAAAUAAGCAAAAAGUAGGUUAACUCUGAAGGGCAGGAAGGAUAUUUGAGGUGUAAGGGAGUUCCGAGACUUCAGUAAUCCCUGUGGGUGUAGCCUAGUCCAGGGUGGGAGCCGCUUAGUUAAGCACUUGGGGUGUGGGCACAAAGAGGCAGGGCAGAACUUUGGAGUCUGUGCCUGUGGUGGGCAGUCCUGAGCCUUGAAUUGAGAAAUGUUGGUCUAUAGUUGUAGGCAUUCGUACAGCGGUGCCCGUCUCUUGCCACACCCCAUUGCUCCCCUUACUUAGGACCUCUAGACCUUGACGCUGUGAGACAUCAGUCUCCUGGGCUGGCGAGAGGGGUAUUUGGCCUCAGGGCCCCAGAAAGCACCAAAGCCCCCAACAACCCCACCUCCCUCCACCCUUCCCAGGGUCCUCAAGUGGGAACUGCUGUGGCAGUGGGUCCAGCCCAGAGAAACACUGCCCACUUCCUCUCCCUGCAGUGGGCACCACCUCUACCUCCCCCAGCAGGGCAAGGUCUUGAGUUCUUAUCCCAGCACCAUCUGUCCUCGACUUCUUGGGCCAGAUCAGUCUGGACUGUGCCUCAUGCUCAGCUCCGCCCACGCCGGUAACAGGCAGCAGGCAGCCCCCUCUGGUCGUGUGGGUGCUGCCUUGUCCACUCUGCCAGGCCCUCCCCCGCCCGCACCCACACACACAGGUACCACCUGCUGGACCCACACCAGCUUGUUUUCUCACACGGGGGGAUGGGAGGCCAGCUCCUCGCGUCGUUCGUAAUAGGAAGAGAAACGUGUGUUCAGGAACACGACCCUGGCCCUGGGCUUCUGAGCCCAGGUCCGUGUCUCGUCUCAAAUCUAGGCAUUUCUGCUUCAAUUUUAUUUUUUUUCUAAGAAAACAAAAACAAAACUCUGCACUAAUUUACCUGGUUUCAUAGGAAAACUUUUUAUUUUAUUUUAUACAUUUUUGGUGUCCGUUUGUAUUGAAUAAUUUGCUACAUUUGUAAAAUGUAAGAGGUAUAUAUAAUAUAUGUAUAUUUCUAACGUAAGAAACGUAACUUUUUUCUUUUCAGGAUUUUUUCUUAAAAAAGAGGAGAUAAACCAAUAUUUUUUCAGGAAAAACAAACUUUAGAAAUGGGAGCAUAAACCCUUUUUCUCCCCGUUCCCCAUCCUCUCUGUCCCUCUUACCUAUGAACAAAUCAAACGGUAGAGUAUCUCGUCAAGAAUGUACACUGCAGGUGCGGGAUGGCGUCUUCUCAAUGCAGUCAGCUAUAGAUUGUGUAGUUUUCUCCCUAGAAGUGCAAAGGGGGCAUUGAGGCAGCGGGGAGCAGGGCGGUGACCUUUGUGUCUUUAGUGAAGGAGGAAUACAAUCGAGAUGUUUUGUAUUCAGAAUGUUGUGCAAUAUUUUAGAAUGGGACAUUUGGUGUGUUUAGAGAUUUAGUUUAAAAAACAAAACAAAAAUUGAUCAAAUCUGUACAGUUUAUAUUGUUCCAGAUUUUUUUAAGUUUGUAUUAAAAGCAUGAUAUAUAAUA